CGCAGCGCUGCCGGGCAACGAGGACACGUCAUGGGCCGACGUGAGCGCGCGGCAUCCUGGGACAUGUAGUCCAGCUUGGCCCGAGACGCCCCCUGGGAUGAAUGGGGCCGAGCUGACUGCGAACUACGGCUCCCCGGUCUCUAGUGUCGUGGCGGCCCCCGGGGAGAGCGGCGUCCAGGAGCGUUGCCGAUGUUCCGUGCCGCGGCACGGACCUCAAGCCGGCUUCCCGAGGCAGAGGAUUAGGCGGCGCCUCUUGGGCGCGCUCGCCCCCCUGCCCGCUCACCGGCCAUGCACCCGGCCUUGGCCGUGGUUCUGGUGUUUGCCGGCUGCUGCAGCAACGUAGUGUUCCUGGAACUCUUAGCCCGGAAGCAUCCAGGAUGCGGGAACAUUGUGACGUUUGCACAGUUUUUAUUUAUUGCUGUAGAAGGUUUCCUCUUUGAAGCUGAUUUGGGAAGGAAGUCACCAGCUAUCCCACUAAGAUAUUACGCCGUAAUGGUGACCAUGUUCUUCACCGUCAGUGUGGUCAACAAUUAUGCCCUGAAUCUCAACAUUGCCAUGCCCCUGCACAUGGUGUUUAGAUCCGGUUCUCUGAUUGCCAACAUGAUUCUAGGAAUUAUCAUUCUGAAGAAAAGGUAUAGUAUAUUCAAAUAUACCUCCAUUGCCUUGGUGUCCGUGGGGAUAUUUAUUUGCACGUUCAUGUCAGCUAAGCAGGUGACUUCUAACCAGUCCAGCUUGGGGGAAAGUGAUGGAUUCCAGGCAUUUGCGUGGUGGUUACUAGGUAUCGGGGCACUGACUUUUGCUCUGUUGAUGUCAGCAAGGAUGGGCAUAUUCCAAGAGACUCUCUACAAACAAUUUGGGAAACACUCCAAGGAAGCUUUGUUUUAUAACCACGCCCUUCCGCUGCCUGGUUUUAUCUUCCUGGCCUCUGAUAUUUACGACCAUGCAGUUCUGUUUAAUAAAUCCGAAUUGUAUGAAAUCCCGGUCGUCGGCAUGACAGUGCCCGUCAUGUGGUUCUACCUCCUCAUGAAUGUCGUCACUCAGUAUGUGUGCAUCCGGGGCGUAUUCAUCCUCACGACGGAAUGUGCCUCCCUCACGGUGACACUCGUUGUGACUCUGCGCAAGUUUGUGAGCCUCAUCUUUUCCAUCUUGUACUUCCAAAACCCCUUCACCAGCUGGCACUGGCUGGGCACCUCACUUGUCUUCAUUGGGACCUUGCUGUACACAGAGGUGUGGAACAGCCUGGGAACCCCAGAAGGUCAGCCCCAGAAAUGCCACAAGAAGAACUGAGGUCUGCCUGGAAGAGAUAUCCCAGGGUCGGAGUGAGAGAGGGGCCUGGUAACUCUCCGUGUCACACCAUUAUCCCCAGUAUUGGACCAGAGGAGCCUCAAAAGGGGAUGUCUCAAAUUUCUCAUGGCCCUAUAAACAAUGUUUGUAGAGGCUUGGAAUAGAAAUUCCUGAAUUGUAAAGUAGAAAAGAGGCUGAUUCUAUACACAGAACAACGCUGUUUACCAAAAAAAUUGGGUACUAUACUUGUUUUGAAUUACAUGUCCCCAGAGCUACUAAUUUUGUAUCUACAGUGUUGAACAGUACAUCUUCUGUUGCUAUUGUGAUGAUUCCCAUCUGUGACUUUGUUUUCUCCUGUCACCCUUUCCUUCUCAGUUCCCCCAUGCAGUAAGUCACAUCAUGGGCACCACGGCCAGGGGGAGCUGAGGGAGCAAGGAGCGUAUCGCACUGGGCCCUUAAGGACUGGGCUUCUUCCCACAUUCCGGGAAAGCUGUAGUACUCCCUGUGAGCCAAACAAGACCACUUCCUCCCACCUUCCCAACUUUGCUUUCUUUCCCCCAUGCAAAAAUCAGCUGCUCUGCCCAUCUUUUGCUUUUGGUGCUUGAAGAGUCCUACAAUGGAACUCAAAGUGCAGUGCUGAUAAGAAAGGAAGGUUCUGUGUGGCUUGCACAAGAGAACCCCUAGGCCUUGCCAUGCAGCCCAUUCGCUUGUGACUGGGUUGGUGAGGGGAGUGUGGCCCAGAGCAGCUGGCCCUGCUCAGCACCUGUGGGCACAGCCAGGCUGUCACAGGAUGACAAAGUGAGAAAGGGGGUCUCUUGAAGACUUUAUAACCAAUAGUCCUAAUUGGUUAAGCUAAAUAGCUAGAUUGUGUGGGGAUGCAAUGUGCCAGACAGGUCAAGUCACAACUAUAGCUGUGAAUUCUCUUUUUAGCCCCUAAGGUCUCAUGUGUUCGUGUUGGGUGCUGGGGGAAGGGCUUGUUGUAAGGAGAAAUCCACCUGUUUUUGCUGAUCCUGACACAGGCUUGGAUUCCCUCCAGGGAGACUCUGGAGAGGGGAAUGCUGUCAGUGCAGGGGGCAUGGUGUGCACAAGUCAGUGUUGUUCUGUUUUCCCUUUCUUCGCUUAGCCGCUGGCUUCUAUUAACCUCACAUGCGAACAUCCUCUCCUGGAACCAGCGAGACUUCCUCGCUUCUGCCUGGAGACAAGGGCCUGGCCUUUGCCUGGGUGCAGAUUGUGUUCCCU